AUGAAGACCGGUUUCGCGUCAACUGUUGCCCUCUGGGGCCUCCUCGCCUCGUUGGCACAGGCACAUGUAGCCAUCACGUAUCCCGGAUGGAGGGGAAACAACAUCAUCACAAACGAGACAUUCCCCUUCGGCAUGCAAUGGCUGUACCCAUGCGGCGGCCUCAACGUAACCCAGAACAGGACUCACUGGCCCCUCGACGGCGGCGCCAUCGCCGUGCAGCCCGGCUACAACAGCGGCCACCAGAGCGCCCUCAUGUACAUCAACAUCGGUCUCGGCGAGGUGCCUGCCAACUUCACGACCGUCAUGGUGCCCAUGUUCCACCUCACCGGCCCGUCGAACAGCGCCUACGACGGCACAUUCUGUCUGCCGAGGGUGCCCCUUCCGAAGGGUGUUGAGCCGAAGGAGGGCGAUUUGGCUUCGAUUCAGGUCGUGCAGGCGGCGAGGCAUGGAGGUGCUCUCUUCAGCUGCGUCGAUAUCAUCUUCACCGGCGACGAGUCGAAGAUUCCGCCGGUGAAUGGGUCGAACUGCUUCAACUCUUCCGAGCUGAGGGUAGAGGCGGCGAGCAUUGCGAUCAAUGAGAACAGCAUCACGGACCCCUCACCGACGAUUGUUUCUACGCCAUCUCCAACGAGUGGUGCGUUGAAGAUGAUUGCUCCGAUAUCUGGCUUGGUAACGAUGUUGUUCAUGUUUUGUAUGUGA